GCCCCGUCCACCGCAAUUUUUCUCCUCCGUUUUUCGCCGUUUUCGCGUUCUCCAGUGUUGAUUUUCGGUUCAGCAUGGCGAAUAGGCCCAGACAACACGAAAUAUGGAUAUUAUAUCUUGAUAGAGUUGAGCCUAACAUCGCUUCUAUGCAGAAAGGGAACGUGUGCGCCCUGUAUGGUGUUGGAGACUAUCUACUCAAACCUAACGACCAGUGUGUGUACUACGUUCUUCAACGUGACGAAGUUGAUUCUUCUUGCAAAACAUACGUGAACGUUUAG